UAUAGAUAAUGUUGUGCAGGUCAGCCGUGCGGCGUCAAUCCAGCGCAGCGCCAGCCGCUCGCAGUAGCCGGACGGUCCCGAAGGCCUCAGCACGCCCGCAGCUGCCCCCGAGGACAGAUGUGGCUCGCGUGCGCAUUCCAGAGCUACAAUGGAGCAUCGAAAAUGUUGAGGGCAAAAGGCUGUCCAUCGCGAUCUUCACCCACCUUGCGGAAAACUUUGGCGGCAAGCUUUCAAUAGAGGCGGCGCAGGAGGGACUGAAACUGUAUGGCGAAGAUAUCGUACAAGACGCCCGUCAGCGCCCCGGCGCUCACCCCAACAUUGACCUGCUGUUCCGGGUGAUUGGCGAGGACUCACCCUCCCUGGAGCUGCUGGUGGACCGGCAGUAGCGGGUUUGGGGGCGGGGAGGCUGCCGUCGACGGGAAGGACAAGGCUAAGGGAAACAAGGGGACGGGGAGGACGGUUAACGGGUGAGGGUUAGGGGAGGAGGAGGAGUAACCGAAAAAAGGAGUUGGGACUUCAAGGUGGAUAUGAUAUGAGGAACGGGGCAAAGGGACGCGGAACGCCGACUCUGACCUGCGGACACUGCGGCAAGCCACGAUAGUCUUGUGCAUGUCCAUGUGGCUUGAACCACUUUCGGGUUCGUCACUCCGAAGUAAUCCGAGCCAGAGGAAGAUUCCGCGGGAAAAGACGACCAGGAUACCGGAGUAAUAUCUAGUAAUACUCCCUAUAACUUUUCGUAUAUAAGGUUUACGAUGAAGCAUUUGCAUGAAGCCUGCGUGCGCCGAGGAUCUGGCGCAGGAUUGAUCUGUAAAAAAGAGCUCUUUUG